AUGGAGGCCUACGACGCCACGGUGGAUGUGUCGACAUCUGAGGAUGAAGGACGACUUUGGAAAGAGAUGGCCGAGUGCCUCAUCACGGACGGCAACAGCCAUGAAGCCAUCGACGAUGCCCUCCGCAAAUGGCUCGACAUGACGGCCUGCCAUCUUCGAGGCAGCGCCUCGGCCCCCCAGCUUGACUCCUUCACCUGCGCACACGUGCUUCUGGAGAGCGAGACUUUCAGGAUCAACAAAGACUACGUUCGAACCCAAAUAAUACAUAGCCUUUUGCAGGAAGACGAGGCUGGACCUCUGCACGCUAUUGCUAGUGUCCUGUAUCUAGACGGCUGCCGCCACGAGCUGACAUUUCCCCAAAUGAUUGAGGAAUCCUGCUUUCCACGACUCCUAGAGCUCAUUCUCGCCCGCCGCCAAAAGCAACCUGAUGCACGGCUGCAUCGCCUGCUGCUCCAGCUGAUGUAUGAAAUGUCCCGGGUCGAACGGCUCAAGGUGCAAGAUUUAAUGCUGGUUGACGAUGCCUUUGUCCAUCACCUUUUUGGAAUCAUUGAAGGCGUCUCUGACGACGUGCAAGAUCCUUACCACUACCCCACCAUACGAGUUCUGCUUGUUCUGAACGAGCAGUACAUGCUGGCCUCGACAGAUGCGGCUGCGGAUGGUGGCACGGCACAGCCGCCCAUGACUAACCGCAUAGUCAAGUGCUUAAGCCUUCACGGGCCUCUGUUUAGGACUUUUGGCGAGAACGUGAUUCUGCUCUUGAAUCGAGAAACGGAAACAUCACUCCAACUCUUGAUUUUGAAGCUCCUCUAUCUUCUUUUCACAACGCGAGCAACAUAUGAGUACUUUUACACCAACGAUCUGAAAGUCCUCUUGGACGUCAUCAUUCGCAAUUUGAUGGAUUUGCCCGACGAGAAAAUAUCGCUGCGGCACACAUACCUCCGAGUCAUGUACCCGCUCUUGGCUCACACGCAGCUCAAUCAACCGCCUCACUACAAACGGGAUGAGGUGCUGCGGGUGCUCCGAAUACUACGCGGAUCUCACAACGCGCAUUUCGCGCCCGCGGAUGAGACGACACUACGGCUGGUGGCUAGAGUAGCCAAAGUCAAGUGGAUAGAGGAGAAGGAGCCUGAGAGAGAGGGUUCAGGACAGGCCGAGGUGGCUCGUCAGAUUCUUGGAAUCAGCCUGUCGCCAUCACAGUAUGCAAGCAGCGUCAGUGUGGGCGACGUAGCGGGGGUAAAGGAGCGGCCAGGAGUGCAAACUCCCAGCCGGCGAGCUUCCACCUUGUCAAACUCAAACGGUGAAGCGGGGGCAGACUCGCAAGCAUCGAACCCGCCUAGCAAGGCUAGGAAACCGCUGCCCGCUGUUCCCAAACACCGUCACGGCGUCCCGUUUGCGCAGACACCCAAAGCUCACGUCGGCGCGAACGGUGAGGGUAAGAAAGUACCGCCCAAGGCGCCGCCGCCACGGAGACGGGGUCGGCUCAAGAGCAGUGCAGAGCCGUUGGAAGAAGCAGCAGACGAGGCUCAUACACGGUGA